UCGAAAGUUUUAUCUUGCGUUUAUCAAAUUCUCCGUUUCCUUGGAAACACGAUAGGGGUGAGGGGAAAUAUGAGUCAAGUGUUUAGCAUCCUCGAACAUUCUAGUUCCAUCUCAGUAGGUUGUUUGUUUGGAUAUGAAACCUACCUUACGCAACGUUAACCUACACCAUAUAAUCUAAAUUACAAGUCGACAGGAACGCGAAAACGAGUCCGUUUUUCUACAACUUUUUUAAACCCGCAUUAGAUAGCAUGACGUCAUUGAUGGGUAAGCACGGCUUGAGUUUCGCCUAUUGCUUUCUGAAUGCCUUUGGAAUGUGGGCUACGUGUAACUUUACCAGAAUUUACUUUUUUAAUUAAAUAUUAUUUGUAUUUAACUAUGAGCGUGUUAGAGGAUGGAGAGGCGGGAUCAGCUUGCGGUGUGAAAAAAGGCGAGCCACAGGGAGGCGCUAUCAUUACCCACACCUGCAAAGAUAAAAAAACACAUGCCUUGUCGGAAGGACAGGACUCCGAGGCGGAGACGCGGGGGCAUAGAGGACACAGCAGUGGCGAGUCUUUUGAUCCAGCUGCUGGAGGAGUACACAGUGAAUGCAAUGUGGAUAAUAAUGGCGAAAGAAGUUGUCAGCCAAGUGAAGAAGGGAAGGCUGGGGGAAGUCGUGAGAAGACGCCAACGAUGCAUUCAAACUGCAGCAGCCAGAGCAGUAUUCCCACUCCAAGCUGUCGAAUUUGCUUCCAAGGUGCCGAGCAGGGUGACCUGCUGAACCCAUGCCGAUGCGAUGGCUCGGUCCGCCACACGCACCAGCACUGCCUGCUCAAGUGGAUCAGUGAGAGGGGCUCCUGGACCUGUGAGCUGUGCUGCUAUCGAUUCCACGUCAUUGCCAUCAGCCUGAAGACGCCGUGGCAGUGGCAGACUGUCACAAUCACACUGAUGGAGAAGGUUCAGAUCAUUGCCGUGUUCCUGGGCUCUCUCUUCCUGGUCUCCAGUAUCUCUUGGCUCAUGUGGUCAGCCCUCAGUCCCCAGGCUCUGUGGCAGCGACGGGACACCCUCUUCCAGAUCUGCUACGGCAUGUAGCUUAUGGACCUUGUCUGCAUAGUCCUGAUUGUCCACGAGAGAGCGGCGGUGCAUAGCGUUUUCAUGCGCUGGCGGGCAGUCAACCUGCACUGGGACGUGAAGAACUACGACAAGGCGGCCGACAUGGAGGAGGCUGGCGGCAGCAGCCAGGGACUGCAGGGCCCGAGGACACUGUUGCUCCCCCUGGACACAUUAGGGCCUGCCGGUCCCUUCCAGCCCACCCAGCUGGAGCCCCAGCCGUGGACCUGCCUCAGUUUCCCUCCCCUGGCCCUCUGCUGCCCCCCUCUGGCCACCGACGACGGCCUUAGUCAGAACAGCGCCUCGGGAGAGGGUGUGAUCCGUGUCACGUCCGUGUAAUGGAGGUGACUGAAGGCAGUUGUCAGCCCCUAUUAAACUGUAACGAGCUCACAUGACUCUGUUGUGGUGGGUGGGAGGGUCUGGGGACAUUGACCAUGAAUGAGCCGUUAAGUUGCAUCUGAGCCGGGUGCCUUAGGAGGGUGAAUGACGUCGCAGUUGGACGAUGAGGGAGGAUCUCCGUGUGAUUUCUGUUUCUGUCACACGAUGCAAGUAUUAUCCGUUGGUGGUGUCUCUGUUAAACGUGAAAUGGAGUAACUGUGUCACAUGACAAGUGUUGUUCAUAUAGGGACCGAUAGUUAUUUAUUUGUGGAGUGUUGUUACGGAUUCUUUACAUUCCUCAAAUGCUGGGUGCACGGUACACUGGAGAAAGGAAUGGUUGUGUCUGUUCCAGUAGCCAGGCUAAGAGAAGCCUUUUGGAGUGAUUGAGUGAUGGUCAGAAGAAAACAAUGAUUUGUUACGGAAAUAGUUUACACUGACAGUAAUCCUCCAAAUUACAGUGAUUAUGCAAAUAUUGAAACUCUAUAAUAGUUUUCCCUCAAUUGAACAUGCUUGUUAAGUUGGUCCAGAAGAGAGUCGUUUAAGUUUCAAACUCCUACUAAAUUCUUGAUGUAACUGCGUACGAUUACAACCACAAAACAUCUUAGCGUCUUAUUCUAUUUUCAUGGCAGGAAUGUUUGCUAAGUACUCAAACCAGCCCACAUUAUGCACCAGAGAGCUCCCCACACAUCAGAUGUCACAGUGCAGAGACGAGGACAGUGAAUCAUGGCACGUUAAGAUUUUUGUCAGAUUACAGUUUCAGCCCCAAUUGUCGGCCCGAUUCUGAAUAAAAUACAGAAAAAACAAAAUAUCAAAUAACGAAAAACCCAGAAACACCUGUGUAAAUAAGCAGACAUUUAUUGAUAGAAACAUCCUUUUUGAUACAUAACACAGCUAAUACAUAUGAAAAAACAGGAUACAUCGAGACCGAUAUUGUAUACAGCUGUUAUACUUGAACGGUAAGCCAUUGAAAUCGACACGGGGAGAAAGAUAACAAGGUAUCUCUUGUGAAUAUUGCUUUCUGUUGUGGUCAUAAUUCUGUCCAAAAAAAAGGCAAAGAUUUAUCAAAUAUACAACUGUAUGAUUAUAAUAUAUAUUUAUAUAACAUUGCACAUGAUCAUAUAAGAAACGACAUGUAUGGAAAAGGAAACACGUGUACAUAAUAUACAAGGCACUGAGCAAGGAUUCUGCAUAUCUUUGGAUGGAGCCUCCGCCCGCGGAGUUCUAGUGAAAUGUUGUGCGGUGACAUUUUAAUAUCCAAGCAACCUGACGAGAACAUUAUGUUGCUGGUAGAGGGUGUAUUUAAGUAUCUUCCAGAAGCUAUAGUAUUCAGACAAGCAUGGCCCAAGGUGGAGAUCUUUGAGUUUGUACUGCUAUGUGUUUUUCAUCCGGUAAUAUUAAAGUAGACGUGAUUA